AGCUAGGUUUGUUUUGAACUCUUUUUUUACUCUUUUCUCCUUCAGUUCCUUAUAUUCUUCAGCAAAUCAAUUUUCUCUUCUUGAAGUUUCAAUCUUUCCGUACUAAUCAAUCUUCAUUUAACAAAAUCUUUGGUGGGUUUUGUAUAAAGGUAUUAGCAAUCAUUAACAGCAACAACAGAGGCAGAGAUGAAGUUGGAUGUUAAUGUCUUGAGAUACCUUUCCAAAGAUGAUUUCAGGGUCCUCACUGCCGUUGAGAUGGGCAUGCGCAAUCAUGAAAUUGUACCUUGUGAACUCAUUGACCGUAUUGCUCGCCUCAAGCAUGGAGGCACAUAUAAAGUGUUGAAGAAUUUGCUAAAGCACAAAUUAGUGCAUCAUGACUCUUCUAAAUAUGAUGGAUUUCGACUCACCUACCUUGGUUAUGAUUUCCUUGCGAUAAAAACUUUGGUUAAUCGUGGGAUAUUUAAUGGAGUGGGUCGUCAAAUUGGUGUUGGAAAAGAGUCUGAUAUUUUUGAGGUUGUAAAGGAAGAUGGAACAGUUCUUGCAAUGAAGUUGCACAGGCUUGGUAGGGUUUCUUUUAGGGCAGUUAAAUCAAAACGUGACUAUUUGAGGCAUCGUAGUAGCUACAAUUGGUUGUACUUAUCACGACUUGCUGCCUUGAAAGAGUUUGCUUUUAUGAAGGCACUAGAAGAACAUGGAUUUCCUGUUCCUCAGGCUGUGGAUUGCAAUCGACAUUGUGUGAUUAUGUCACUUGUCCCAGGCUAUCCACUUGUGCAGGUUAAGGAGCUGCAAAACCCAGACGUGGUUUUUGAAACAAUCAUUGGUGCUGUUAUUCGUUUGGCAGAAUACGGGCUUAUUCACUGUGACUUUAAUGAAUUUAACAUAAUGAUUGAUGAUGAUGAAAAGGUCACCAUGAUUGAUUUCCCACAAAUGGUGUCGGUCUCUCAUCCUAAUGCCCAAAUGUAUUUUGAUCGUGAUGUGGAGUGCAUCUAUAAGUUCUUCGCAAAGAGGUACAAUAUGUCAUUUGAAGAAAAUGAAAAUGAUUCCAAUGGUUUGGAGGUUGAGAUAGAUGAAGUUGGUCGGCCCCAGUUUUCUGAAAUAAACAAGAACAGUGGUUUCUUGGACAAAGAACUUGCUGCCAGCGGUUUUACGAGAAAGGAUCAAGAUGAGCUUGAAAAGUUGACUGAGGUAGAACUUGAAAAGUGUUCAGAUUUGGAGGAUGAAGGAACUGUUGAUGAAGAAGAUAUUAACAAUACAAAUGUCAAGCAGCUCGAGUCCUUGCACUUGGCAAAGGAGGAUGAUAAUCGUCAAGUUGUGGAUGAGCAUGAUCCUGAGGACGAAGGAGAGGCCGAGUCUGAAGAUGAUGCUGAACUAGAGAAAAGCCUGAGCAAGCAGAGGAGGAAGGCAAUCCAAGCUGCCCAUCGGGGGAAGAGGAACUUUGCCUCGAGGAAUACAUACAAGGACAAAGGUGGGAAAUCCUCUCAGAAUUCAAAGGUCCAUAAGCAAUUGAGUGGCUGGUGAAGUACAUGAACCCGGACAACUCUGCAGUGUCUUUUGAAGGCCAAUCCAUGAAAUUUCUUUGGCGCGAAGAUGUUGAAGGGAAUAUUAUUAUAUAGAGGAGCUAUCAGUAAGGUGCUGAAUGAUACAGUUUUGACUUGGAUAUGCAUUGUCCUAAAUGUCUGUCUUGUAUAUUUGAAAUUUUGGUAGCAUGUUUGGCAGAACAUAAAGCCUUAAGAUUGUUAAUGUAUUUGUUAUUUACUAAAAGAUCAUAAAUCAAGAACAAUUAUGUAGGUGUGAAGACUACUUGCAUAUCCAGUAUCAUGAUCAUGACUGAAACAUAUUUCCGGAAGUCUUUCGGUUGUGGAGAUGUAAGGUCUGCAUAUAUUCUACCUG